UUUUAUGUCACGUGUCAUAUUUCGGAAAAAUUUUUUUUUCGCUGACGUGGAUGAAACUUAUUUUAUUAGUAUAGAUAGUAUAGAUGUGAUCUCAACCGCACGCGCCGCUUCCCUAUAAAUAACCGAUCAACGCUAAUUCUUGAUUUCCCUUCCACAAAACGAAACUCAACGCCAAAUACUUAUUUUAAGUCUCUUAGUUUUCAUCUUUGUCGGAGAUUUAUUUAAAUCCAUAAUCAUAUAAUGGGAUCUCUCUCGGCGUUUGAGGAGCGGCUGCAGUACCCGACGGCAAGGCGGGAUGAGUCCAUCGUUGAAGAUUAUCACGGCGUUAGAAUCGCCGAUCCUUACCGUUGGUUGGAAGAUCCAGAAGCAGAGGAAGUGAAAGACUUUGUAGAGAAGCAAGUGAACUUGUCAGAUUCACUGUUAAAAACUUGUGAAACAAAGGAAAAGCUUCAUGAGAAAAUCACGAAGCUCAUUGAUCAUCCUCGCUAUGAUACUCCCUUCAAGCGAGGGAACAGUUACUUUUACUUCCAUAACACGGGUCUUCAAGCUCAGAGUGUGCUUUAUAUCCAGGAUGAUUUGGAUGCGGAAGCAGAGGUUUUGCUUGACCCCAAUACACUUAGUGAUGAUGGAACAGUUUCUUUAAACUCUUUGGCUGUGAGUGAGGAUGGUAAGUAUAUGGCUUAUGGGCUUUGCUCAAGUGGUAGUGAUUGGGUGACUAUUAAAGUUAUGAAGAUUGAAGAUAAGAAGACAGUGGAGUCUGAUACUUUAUCUUGGGUUAAAUUUAGUGGGAUUACAUGGACACACGAUGGUCUAGGUUUUUUCUACAGCCGUUACCCAGCUCCACAAGAGGGAGAUAAGAUAGAUGCUGGCACAGAGACUAACUCUAACCUUUACCAUGAGUUGUACUACCAUUUCCUAGAGACCGAUCAAUCUGAAGAUGUUUUAUGUUGGAGAGACCAAGACAAUCCUAAACACAUGUUCGGUUCUAAAGUCACUGAUGAUGGAAAGUACUUAAUCAUGACCAUUGAAGAAGGGUGUGACCCUGUAAACAAAGUUUAUCACUGUGAUCUCUCAUCACUUCCUAAAUUAGGUCUAGAAGGUUAUAGAGGAAGCAAAUCUCUACUUCCGUUUAUAAAGCUCAUCGACACAUUUGAAGCACAGUAUAUUGCUAUCGCAAACGACGAGACACUGUUUAAUUUCUUUACAAACAAAGAUGCACCAAAGUACAAGCUAGUUCGUGUUGAUCUAAACGAACCGAGCACUUGGAAUGAUGUUAUACCCGAGCACGAGAAAGAUGUCCUCUCAACAGCAUGUGUAGUCAACGGAAACCAGCUUGUGGUUAGCUACAUGAGCGAUGUAAAACACAUCUUGCAGAUUAGAGACUUGGAGUCCGGUUCCUUGCUUCACACGUUACCUGUAGAUAUUGGUUCGGUGGGUGGAGUUUUUGCUAGGCGUAAAGACACAACCUUCUUCUUUAGGUUCACAAGCUUCCUUACUCCUGGUGUGAUUUACAAAUGUGACUUAUCUAAUGAAGCUCCACUAGUUACAGUCUUCCGUGAAAUCGAUGUACCUGGAUUCGAUAGAACAGCAUUUCAAGCCACUCAGGUAUUUUAUCCGAGUAAGGAUGGAACAAAGAUACCAAUGUUCAUUGUGGCUAGAAAAGAGAUAGAGCUGGACGGAUCACACCCUUGUUUGCUCUAUGCGUAUGGUGGGUUUAGCGCAAGCAUGACGCCUUUUUUCAGUGCAACUCGUAUUGUGCUUAGUAGACAUCUUGGUGCUGUGUUCUGUUUUGCAAACAUACGUGGUGGUGGUGAGUAUGGUGAGGAGUGGCAUAAAGCUGGCGCGCUUGGCAAUAAGCAGAACUGCUUCGAUGAUUUUAUUGCUGGAGCAGAGUAUUUGGUUUCUGCUGGUUAUACACAACCGAAGAAACUUUGUAUUGAAGGGAGUAGUAACGGUGGGAUACUAAUUGGGGCUUGCAUUAAUCAGAGACCGGAUCUGUUUGGGUGUGCUUUGGCUCAUGUUGGAGUCAUGGACAUGCUAAGGUUUCACAAGUUUACUAUAGGACAUGCUUGGACUUCUGAGUUUGGUUGUUCUGACAAGGAAGAGGAGUUCCAUUGGUUGAUAAAGUAUUCGCCUCUGCAUAAUGUAAAGAGGCCAUGGGAACAGAAGAGGGAUGGAUUUGUUCAGUAUCCAUCUACGAUGUUGUUAACUGCUGAUCAUGAUGAUAGAGUUGUCCCACUUCAUACAUUCAAGUUGCUUGCGACAAUGCAAUAUGAAUUAGGUUUGAGUUUAGAGAAUAGUCCACAGACGAACCCUAUAAUUGCUCGGAUUGAAGUUAAAGCCGGGCACGGAGCAGGACGUCCAACACAAAAGAUUAUUGAUGAAGCGGCUGAUCGGUAUGGGUUUAUGGCGAAGAUGGUGGAUGCUACAUGGCUGGACUGAAAUUGACAUGGAAGAGAUUAGUUUCUUGUUAUAUCCUAAGAGAGAGAGAGAGCUACUGCUUACUGUUGUAAUAUUUUGUUAACCAACAGAGUCAUUACAAUUAUAUACUACGUUGCUGUGUUUUGUUAACCGACAGAGAUUAUUACAGUUA